UAAAGAGUUGGAAUAUUGUCAAAAGGCAUCCUCUAUCAGUAUACAUUUGUCAAGUGAUUUAUUUGAAUGAAAAUGCUUUUGCAGAUUUGAGAUGUAUUUGAGCUACAUUUGCUUUGUGUGUUUUAAUAAUUAUUUUGAAAGUGAUUAUAUAAGAUAAUCUGUUGUUGUUUAUAGUCCUAAAAACACCAAAACAAACAUACUAAUGGGAGCACUGGUGGAACAUGUAUUAUACUGUGAUCCAGCGGUGAUCACAGAGACAGACUCAGUCACACUGAACUGUCAGACUCCAUCAUAUGUGCCUCAGUGUCAGUACUUCACUUUAAGUGGAGGAACUGUGAGGACAUUUUCCUGUCUGCAGACACUGACAGGAAGUGAACUGCUGAAGAUGGAUCAUCAGAGUUCACCUGCUGAGGUCAAAGUGAAAUGUUUUUACACUGUUCAGAGUGGAGACAGAAAUGCUCGAUCUCCAGAAAGUGAAUAUUCCUCUGUCUCUGUUCAAAGUGAGACAAACUCAAACAAGGAGAGUCUCAGCACUUUGACAACCUCAGUUUCUAUUGUAACUUCACCUGCUGAUCAAGGUCCGACUGUAAGUCCUCCGGAUACUAAAGAAUUGUGGAAUUGGACGUUUGUCUGGGUUUUCGCUGUUUGUGGAUCUACUGUGGUCAUCACAGUGAUUGUUAAUGUUAUUCUUUGGAAGAAAAGAAGAGCUGGUAUUGUAGAGAAAGAGUCCAGAAGGACCCAGAGAAUGCCAUCACUCAUCACAACCACAGCGGUCUUUGUACCAUAUUUACUCUACCAUCUAUGAGGGUCAGACUGCAGCAGCCAGCUAAGACAUGAUCUACAGCAAGCUGCAGGCACACUGACAUGCUAACAGUUUAAAAGUGUGUUCAAGAAGAGAAGAAGUUGACUGAUGUGAUGUAGAACCAGAGGUACCCAUCAUGGACCAGACAGCAGCUGUCAUAUUUCUGAGGUAACGGUAACGGCCCGAGCCCCGAUGGUUGGGGACCCCUGAUGUAGAGUAAUCCUGAGCUUCUGUCAUGUCUUCUUCUCAAAUCAACCAAGAUGUAAAACGAAACCAAAGUUUUCCAAUGUUUUUCAGUCAGAAUAUCAAGUUCAAUCCAAAAGUGUUUGAUUGAAGGUGAAGACAAUAUUUUUGGAUAUACUUCGUCUCAGUCUUGUUGUUUGCUUACUUCUGUACAAACACUGUAUGCUACAGACCCAAUGCAAAAUAUUUGAAUCUUUGUAUAUUUUAAAUAAACCUGAAUUAAUGUG